CUACAUGCGCCGGGACCAAGACACAAGAUCGCAACAGUGCGCUACCGACUAGAGCUGAGCUUUGACUAGCUGCCCCUUUGACUGACUUCUGAUUUCAGAAGUUACGCGCAGACCUCGCAAUCAUGAUUAAGAAAAUGACACCCGCGGAGAUCGAGUUCGACAUCCCUGCCAAAAACUGCUACAGGAUGGUGAUUAUGGGAUCUACCAAAGUUGGGAAGACGGCUAUCAUUUCUCGGUUUCUCAAUGAGCGCUUUGACGACCAGUAUACACCAACCAUUGAGGACUUCCAUAGGAAGUUUUACAGUAUCCGCGGGGAUGUGUACCAGUUGGACAUUUUGGACACGUCAGGGAACCACCCGUUCCCUGCAAUGAGAAGACUAUCUAUUCUGACAGGUGAUGUAUUCAUCCUAGUCUUUAGCCUGGACAACCGAGAUUCCUUCCAAGAGGUGCAGCGUCUCAAAAAGCAGAUACUGGAAACCAAAUCUUGUUUGAAAAACAAAACGAAAGAGAACACUGCCGUACCUCUGGUCAUCUGUGGAAACAAGUGCGACCGAGAGUUAUACCGGGAGGUCAAGGAUGAGGAGAUAGAGCAACUGGUUGGUGGAGAUGAGAACUGCGCCUACUUUGAGAUCUCAGCCAAACGGAACGCAAAUGUGGACCAGAUGUUCAGCAAACUUUUCACCAUGGCCAAGCUUCCCAGUGAAAUGAGCCCGGACCGCCACCGGAAAGUCUCCGUGCAGUACUGUGACGUGCUGCACAGAAAGUCGUUCAGAAACAAGAAAUUAAAAAACGGUGACGCAUAUGGCAUUGUGGCCCCGUUCGCACGUCGGCCAAGCGUACAAAGUGACUUGAUGUACAUCAGAGAGAAAGCCGUCGGCGGGGCACAGAGCAAAGACAGGUGUGCUAUCUGUUGAACUUCUGACCUUGACAGAGGGGUGAAGAACACAAAAAAAGCGACAAAGCCAAGUGAUGAGCUGAGAGGACUCUACUUGGGCGCCCAGGUCUGAGUGAACCAAGCUCUUAGCCAUGUUUGCGGUCGCAGAAGGUGACAAGGGUGAAGUGGUCAUGGUCAGUUAACAUGACAUCCCGCCUCCCGACUCAGGGUGACACGUCGGGUCAAAAUGCAUCCGGGACAGUAUUCUAUUAUGUAUUUUUACUCUGCAUUUCCGAAGAGAAGAAUGUACAAUCCCACCAAACGGGUGUGACAAAGGACACGUGUUUACAUUUUGCUAUAUUUUGUAAAAACCGAAUUUUACUUGAUUGCUUUAUUGCAUUAUGAACAAAUGUGAAUCCACAUGAAUGUAUAUUUAUUCUUAUAUGUCAACGUUUACUUUUCCUAUGAAAAAGUAUUUCUAAAUAAA